CCCACCACCAAUCCGUUAUUCCUCUGCAAUCCAUAUUCCUGCCUGUAAUUACUACUUACACCUACCUACCUAGGUAGGUACCUUACCUAGGAAAAGAAAAGCCCACUCACCGUAACAGUUCACGUUAACCUACCAGUAUUGCCAACCGAUUGGCUACAGAUGCCCGCCUCGGUCGACUCUCUUGCCGUGAUUGGGUUACGGGCCCUACGGUUGUUCGAACAGGCCUCUAGGAUAUUGAAAGCCACCGAAGAUGGUUUGGCAAGUAACAUUGAAACUAUCCCGAGUGUCGAGCAACGACCAUCACCCGUCACAAUCCAGCCCGCCAAGCCCUUUGCUCUACCAACAAGCCAGGUUGAAAAGGCACGACAAUGUGUGAAGCCAGCUGCCCUGCUGGCGAGCGAGGCCGAAAAAUUCGAACUAUGGGCGGUGAACCUUGGUCUGUUUGUCGCCGGGCAUGGGUCAUUGGACUAUCGCAUCCGUGAAGCAGGUAGGCUGUCGGAAACUAUCCGGAGGUUCAUCACCGAGCUGCUGGGGUCACUAGAUGAGAUAGUCAUGAUGAAUGACCCGUUUGUCCCUGUGGAGAAUGAAAAUCAACUCGGCAAACAUGACAAUAGCGAUCAUGACAGUGACGACGCUCCGUCAGAUGACGACCAUUCCGAUCCCGAAACAGACAUUGACCUGCUUGUUGAGGAUGUGCGGGAUCUUAUCGACAGACUUUUCAAAGUAUCAACCCGGAUUCGUAACCCAUCCACCCGCAUUGGGGCGUCCAAAGCAGCGAGGCACAAGCAGGUCGACGAGGAUUCAGGAGUGGACUUCCUCGAUGCUAUCGAGUCGGCAGAACUCGACCACAUCAGGUCGUUGUUUCUCGCGUAUCAAAAGGCUCGAGCACUUCAAGAGCAGUCGGCUACUGAACCGGCUCAGAGUAUGGUUACCCAAGAUGAUGCAACUCAAGACCAGGUGUGGGAGCCUAUCAAGACUGUGUUGGAACGGAACCGGGCUUCUCCCGACUCGUUUCUGGUGCAAAGGCUGGCACGAGCCAACGUUGCCCGCCGGAGGCAAUUCGCAUAUUGGAGAUGCCACAGAGAGAAGCUGGCGCUUCAUACGCAUCAUUCGGUCUCUGCGCAUACUCCCAUGUCACCACCGUUGGGAGAGCAUCUGCCAUCACAGAUCUCGACGGACACACUUCCACCCAACAGCCCGCCUUUGCCCGCCCCUCCUGCUCCUGGGUUACUGACACCCUCUGUCACUACCGCCACCAACCUCGACCCGGCUCAUUUUGAGGUCUUUACUGUGCGAUCCACAAUCACAGUAUCUGAGUAUGCACCCUCGACCUGGCGGCCAGCCAGGGAUGUGGUAGAUUUUCCCAUGCCACCACGCGUUGCACCCGACCAAAACUUCUUCGAAUGUCCAUACUGCUUCACCAUAUGUCCGCGAUCGACGCUUGCAGAAAAGACAUGGAGGGCCCAUCUGAUACGCGACCUCAGGCCGUAUGUGUGCACUUAUGAGAACUGCAAAACCGCAUCUCAACUUUAUGACAGUCGGCAAGACUGGUGCCACCAUGAAGAAUCCUGUCACCGGACGGCCUGGCGCUGCCCGCAACAUUCCGAGCAAAUUUUUACAGACAUUGCUUCCUACAAAGACCAUAUAGCGACUGAUCACGCCAAAUUAAGCGACGAUGCUUCCAUUAUGCGCAUGGUCAAUGCUGGCCAGUCGACAUUAGCUGAAGUUGAUCGACCCUGUCCCGUAUGCGACAUCGUGCUUGACACUUCAGACGCCCUACAGAGCCACUUGGCUCUACAUUUGGAAAGGAUUUCUCUAUUCUCCCUGCCCCGUCAUGUGGCUUGCGAUGAUGAUAAUGGCUCUGACGGCGAUUCUGACAUGGCUCGGGGCACGAUCGAUGGCUCUCGCAACGACGACUUUGACGAUGAGCUGGAAAUCUACAGUGACGCAGGCGACAGAGACACUGAAAACACGGAGUCAAAUAUUGACACGGAGGUGGUACAGGUGACCAAGCCUUUCAAACCAACAACAUUGACAAGACUUCAAACCUUUGAGGACCACGAUAGCCCGGUGUACACAGUGGCUUUCUCUCCCGACAACUCGCUCAUAGCCUCUGUAUCUGAUGACCGCGUUGUCCGAAUAUGGGAUCCCCUAGGCAAAAUAGUCCGAGACCCUUUUGAGGGACACAAGUCUGGUUUCAGGUCGUUGGCAUGGUCUCACGAUGGCAAGACUAUCGCAUCCGGAUCCUACGACAGAACCAUCAAGCUGUGGAGCGCAAGUUCCGGGGAAUGUCUACAUACACUCAAGGGCCACGCAGCAGCAGUUGCAGGUCUGGCGUUUUCGCCAGACGAUAAAAUCCUACUUUCAGGGUCCCACGAUAAGACCGGUAAGCUGUGGAGUGUCAAUUCGGGCACAGAACUCUUCACGCUACCGGGACAUACGGCAGGCAUAUUUUCAGCGGCAAUCUCCCCUAAUGGCAAAUGGUCUGCCACAGGAGCAAACGACAAAUCAGUAAGGCUAUGGGAUACGGAAACUGGACGCCUGCUCAAUACCUUGAAAGGUCACAAAAGGUGUGUGUAUGCUCUCGCCUUCUCGCCGGACAGCAAUAUACUGGCCACCGGGUCAAACGACUGGCUUGUGAAGAUUUGGAAUCCGGAAACUGGACAACUGCUCCGCACACUCGACGGCCAUCUAAAGGGUGUUACAGGGCUUUCAUUCUCGCCUGAUGGUUUAAUGAUGGCCUCGGCUUCAUAUGAUUUUACCGUCAAAAUCUGGAGCACCGAGAGCUGGGAGCAGAUCAUGGUACAUGAUUGGCACCAAGCUGACGUCUAUGCCGUUGCGUUUUCCCAUGAUGGCAAAUUCUUGGCGACAGGCUCCCGCGACAAGACUGUGAGGCUGUGCACCCUGUCGUAGGAUCUGGGGCUGAAUCUGCUGUCAACCCCUCAGGAUAUCCGCGUUGUCUUUGUCUACAUUUCCUUCCUUUCUAGCUCCGUUAUCUUUUAAUGCCACUAUCAGUAAUCAAAUUUGAGCACAUGUGGGG